AUGUUGGACCGGCAAAGUCAGGCUUACUCUCUUGAAGAAAAAACAAGCUUAGAUAUACCUGAAUGCCUAAUGGAUGGACUAAACGAAAACGAAGAUCUCUCUUACAUGUUUGACAAUGAAACUACCCUUGUUAAGGCUUGUGGAGAUUUGGCGUAUCAAGUAACUAGCUUUGACAAAGAGUUGGAGAAACGAGGGGAACCUUCUUCACAAGUAAAAAGACGUCGAAUGCUACAGUUCGAGUCUGAACCUCUUUACAAUGAUGAGGCAUUUUUAAGAUCAAAGGAAACACCAGAGUCUCUUGAAGUGGCUUCAUCUGAAAUGUCACAGUGGGUUGGCGGAUUUACAAAAGGCACGUAUGAUUCCAGUAAUGAGUGCUUGGACCCGUCAUCUGAAGGAUAG